AUGCUAUUCACAAGGCUGCUGGGCUUCGCAGCCGUCGCGAGUGCGGCAUGGUCGGGGAACCUGAACUACCGGUCACCAUCGCACCACCACCCGGGGCUGGGGAUCGCUAUCCAUAAAGUUGUGAAGCGAUCAGAUAUAUCGAGCCCAUUCGAUCCGGCGAAGUUAAACUUCACCCAUGGCGUUGCCUCUGGCGAUCCAUACCCGGAGAGUAUCAUCCUCUGGACAAGGGUUGCUCCGACGAUGGAUAAUGACAAGUCCAACGUCACAGUCACCGGAUUUGUGCCGCUCUAUAAUCAUGAUACGGAUGAAUAUGUCGCCUUGUCCAAGUCGCCUGUCUGCGUUGACUGGGCGGUGUACGUGGACAAGGAGUUGCGCCGCGCAGUGACCCAUGGCACAGCGUACACGAGCUCCGACAUUGAUUAUACCGUCAAAGUUGAAGCAGACGGACUCAGCCCAUAUACGACAUACCAUUACCAGUUCGCAGUGUGCGGAUCAAGUAAUUCCUCACCAGUUGGGCGCUUUAAAACAACCCCACGGAAGGACGACAAGGUAAAUUCUGGGUCAAUUGCAGUCUUUUCAUGCGCCAACCACCCCUUCGGGUUCUUCAAUGCCUACGGGAACGUUGCGCGAAAAGAUUCGGUUGACUGGGUCGUCCAUCUUGGAGACUAUGUGUAUGAAUAUAAAGAGGGCGACUAUGGCUGGGGAUGGGCAAUAGGCCGAGCCCACCAGCCCAAUAAGGAGGCAUACUCUCUGUACGAUUACCGUCGCCGACACGCUCAAUACAAGUCCGACCUAGAUCUCCAGCAUAAUCACCGGCAGUUUGCCUGGAUUCCCGUCUGGGAUGAUCAUGAGGUUGGGGACAAUCAAUAUCGCGAUGGCUCCUCCUUACUCAAUAAUACCGAGGACUCCUUCAUCAAAGAUGGCGGAGUCAGCGUCGACCAGCGCAAGAUGAACGCCGUGCGAGCAUACUUUGAGUGGAUGCCUAUACGUCAAGUCGACAUGGACGACAACCUUCGGAUUUGGAGGUCGUUCUCGAUUGGCUCACUGUUCGAUCUGAUCAUGCUUGAUACGAGGCAAUAUGACCGAUCAAUCACCGAUCUGUACUGGAACACGGACUACGUGCAUGCAAUUUCCAAUGACGCUGGCAGGAGCUUGAUGGGAUCAAGGCAGGAAAACUGGUUCUAUAACCAGUUAAUCAAGUCGAACAAGCGCGGUGCUAUCUGGAGAAUCAUUGGCAGCCAACUCGUCUUUUCCCGGUUGAAUGCGAGCCUAGCUCUAGGACCUGAGAACCCAUUCAACUACGACGGAUGGGAUGGGUAUGUGUCGAACAGAAACCGAACCUUCAACGUUCUAUACGAGAACAACAUCGGCAACAAUAUCAUGCUCGCGGGCGACAUCCACUCUACCUUCGUGAGCGACUUGAACUGGUAUGGCAAUAAGCCGUACAACCCAGAGACCGGCGAAGGGUCAAUCGGUGUUGAGUUUGGAGGCUCUGCAGUUACCAGUCCUAGCCCGUUAGGCCCGAAUCUUACCUUUGCCCAAGGCCAGUUCGCAAGCGAAUGGGUUGUCGGCAAUAAUCCAACCUUGCAGUUCAGCGACAUUUAUUAUCGAGGGUACUAUGAGUUGCAUAUCACGCAUCAAGAAGUCAACGCCAAAUAUUUCGGCAUGCCCUCCAUUUUAACUCGCAACCCGUACGAAGUUCCUUUCGCCAACUUCACCGUUAAGAACGGCGAGAACAAGCUCAGCCGACCACUAAGCGGCGGAACGGUUUUCAAUGGUGCACUGAAGAACAAGCAGACAACGCAGACCAACAUGACGCACAAUACCGAGGACAAUUCCUGGUUCAUCUCAAACUGA